UUUGGUCAAUAAUUUCAGCUGUGUAUACAUUAACUUGGACUGGCACAGUUAUUGUAUAAUCGUGUAACCAAAAAUUAUAGUCUUCAAUUUAGCUGAAGGGGGAUUUAACUUUGUAUUCAAGUAGAUAGAUAUACUUUACCCUAGAGCAGGUUUUUUUUUUUUUUUUUACAUGAAUAGGGUAAAGUUGGUAAUCAUUUUAAGAGCAGAGCAGAACCUCAUGGUUGGAAUGAGAAGUUUCGUUUCCAAACAUGGUCAUAACCAUUUGUUUUUGAGACAUAGGUAACAGCAAAGCUGUGUUGUAUUCAUUAGGUAUAUAUUUUUCAAAGAUAAAUUACAAGCUCAACACAUACAAAAAAAAUGGACAAUUAUGACUAACCCUGUUAUUUGCAUGACAAUCAUUACCCAAAAUUCCAUAAUCGUCACAGCCCUAACGUUAACAUAUCACCACUUUCAGUUAGACAUUUGUUUUAGUUGAGUCUCAUUUACCCUCAUUCCUUGCAUUGAGGGGACCAGGGACUAGCUAUGGCACAUGCCUUGAUGCUUCUGUUAGAAAGUCCUGUUCUUAUUGCUGCCAUUUUCAUUAGUGGCAUUGGUGGGACAUUCCAGUUCGGCUUUCAUAUAUCUGUCCUAACUUCACCUUCUCCUUUCAUAAAGGAGCUCGUGAACACCACAUGCCUGCAGCGGUAUAGUAUAUCCCUGGAACAGUGGGAAGUGACUCUCAUCUGGUCCUUCAUCGUCUCCAUCUUCUGCAUCGGGGGUCUCCUUGGGACCCUGUGUGCCGGCCGCCUCUCAUCAGCAUAUGGGAGAAAGAGAUGCCUGUUGUUGAACAACCUGUUUGCCAUUGGCGGUGCUGGGAUGAUGCUGUUGAGUAAAAUGGCCAUGUCCUUUGAGAUGAUCAUGGUUGGACGUUUCCUCUACGGCAUUAAUGCAGGUGUUAGCCUCAGUAUCCACACCAUGUACCUAGUGGAAUGUGCCCCCAAGAGGCUGCGAGGGAUAGUGGGUGUGUCUGUUUCCACCUUUCUGUCCAUGGGGAAGUUCUCAGGUCAGCUUCUGGGGAUCAGUGAGUUAUUGGGGACAGAGGACAGGUGGCCUUGGUUGUUGGGCUUCAGUGGUGCGACCGCCCUGCUCCAGCUCAUCACCCUGCCCUUCCUCCCAGAGUCACCCAAAUACCUGCUGCUGGACCGGGGCGACCGCCAGGGCUGUGAGAAGGCCAUCCGCAGGCUGUGGGGCAACAGAGACCACAGUGCGGAGGUGGAGGAGCUGCUGGUGGAGCACGCCUCCACGAAGGGAGUCCGCAGCCACACUGUGUUGGACCUGAUCCUGGACCAGGAUGUACGCUGGCAGUUCCUCACCAUCCUCGUCGCCUUCACCACCCUGCAGUUCAGUGGCAUCAACGCUGUGUACCUUUACUCAUUUGACGUGUUCCGUACUGCCGGGAUCCCUACACACCAGUUACGCCAUGUUGCCUUGGGAACCGGUCUGUGUGAGGUUUCUACCUCCCUGGUCUGUGUGAUGGUGAUUGAGAGCACAGGAAAGAAGCUAAUGCUCUAUAGGGGUUACCUAUGCAUGGCAGUUACCUUGGGUCUCCUGACCCUUACACUCUACCUGCAGAUCCAAGUUUCCUGGAUGCCUUACUGCAGUAUGCUUCUCAUCUUCAUCUUCAUCUUCUUAUUCUCCAGUGGACCAGCUGGAGUGACAGUGUCUCUACCUGGUGAUAUCUUCAACCAGUCAUUCAAAUCAGCUGCCUACACCAUCGGCUGCACCCUCAACUGGCUGGGCCUCUUCCUCCUGGGGUUGCUCUUCCCAGUCAUAGUGGAGAAUAUGGACUACUUUUGCUUCCUGAUUUUCUUCGUCUUCUGUUUCCUGUCUGGGAUGUUUGUGUGGUACAACGUGCCUGAGACCAAGAACCGCACUGUCAUGGAGAUCACGGCCGAGUUUCAGAGGAUGCAUCCCAACAGUGGAUCCUCGGGGGAGGGAAGGUCGAGACCUCCUGAACCCAGUCAUAUCAAGGCAUGCACAACCACCAAAUUCUGAACAUUUUCCAUAAUGACUUGUGUGUCGGACUUGCACAAUGUUUUGUCGUUCCUGUGAAAACCUUUUCUUUGUGAAAACUCGAUUUGCCCCACACACCCAUGUCCAGUCUGCUGUCAUCUUGAUUGCAAAUCAAUAAUUUUGACCUUUAUGAUGGUAAGUGUUGUGUGAUAAAAUGUUACCUCUCUGGGCCCCCUAUUAAAAUAGUUUAAGUGUUGUGAGCAGGCCAACGUCUGUCAUUAUCAGGCUCUGGCCCCAGCCAUACAGACACUAAUCAGGGAGGGAGAGGUUUUACCUCUGACACCUACUUGUAAAAUCAGCAUUCUGUGUGCACUUUACUGAUGAACAAGGUAAGGUACAUAAUUUUAGCAUGAUUCAAUCAGUUCGCCUUGAGUUUCUUAUUGGUGAGUCAGCAGGGCUGUCAUGCAUAGCUUAUCUGUCUGAUUUAUUACACUCACUUUGAGAGUAUUUUUUUCAUUACUGUGGUGUGUAGGAUUAUUUCAAAUGGAAACGUAUGUCUACUGUCUAUAUUCACAAGAAAAACAGUACCAGUCAAAAGUUUGGACACAUCUACUCAUUCAAGGGUUUUUCUUUAUUUUUUUACUAUUUUCUACAUUGUAGAAUAAUAGUGAAGACCUCAAAACUAUGCAAUACCACAUGGAAUUAAGUAGUAACCAAAAAUAUAUUUGAGAUUCUUUAAACCCUUUGCCUUGAUGACAGCUUUGCACACUGUUGGUAUUCUCUCAACCAGCUUCAAGAGGCAGUCUCCUGGAUUGGAUUUCAAUAACAGGUGUGCCUUGUCCUUCUUAAUGCAUUUGAGCCGAUCAGUUGUGUUGUGACAAGGUAGGGGUGGUAUACAGGAGAUAGCCCUAUUUGAUAAAAAAGACCAAGU